UGUAAAAGUUAGUUGGUAUGGAAUGAGUUGGUGAAAACCAUUGUCACUUUUGAAUGUGAAAAUGGCAACAAAGCCGAACUGCUUGAUCGUUGCGAGUGCGUCGGCUGAGGGCGUCUCCGCGAGGUCAUUCGUCAACUCGUUUACCCUCACGACGUCAGCCUUCAAUGUGCAGCUUGCGACGCCUUCGGGUCAGGCUGUUGAAUAUAUAAAUGUGGACGAAAGCAGUAAGAGAUGGCUGACGGACUUUGCUAGCAAGCCGUACUCUACCCCAGCCAAGCUGGAGAAUUGUGACCCGAGCCGCUACUCAGUUCUGCUCAUUCCCAGUGGUCCCGGCGCGGUGUUUGAUCUGGCCACUGACCAGUCACUGGCACACAUCAUCACACAGUUUGUGGCGGAGCAGAAGCCGAUCUGCGCCGUCGGCAUGGGCGUGUGCGCCCUCUGCUGCGCCAUGGAUCCGGAAAGUCGCUGGCGGCUGAAGGGCUACUCGCUGACGGCACCGCCGACGAUGGAGCUGGCAAAGCAGGUUCUGUUUCCCAAGCUGCCGCUGUUGCCGGAGGAUUUCAUUCGUGAGCAGGGCGGCAGUUUCAGCUCGAACUUCACCGACGGCAACCACGUGGUGAUCGAUCGGCACGUCAUAACCGGGCAGAAUGACCUGUCGACGCUGACCGCCGUGCAAAACCUGAUCCUCCUAGGAAACGCGAGGCAAGCGAAAAAGUGAGCCGCCGGUAUCCUGAUCCCGAACCUUAGCGCUCCAUUACACCAUCCCGACAGUAACAACAAUGAAAGGACAUAUCGAUUCACAAAUUCACGAAUCCAAUCUCGCACUGAAUACCUUAUGUACAUAAAAAAAAGUUCAUCUUGCACCAAUAUGUGCGUCUUGCACCAUUUCAAUAUAUUCUAGGAUAUUGAUUUUUUUAAUUUUAUUAUUAUCUUUUGCCCUUCAUGACAACUGUGUGAUCCUUUAGACAUUUUCUGAUCUUGAUCCUACAGCAGCUGGUUUGCUGUUUGUUAUUCCUUUUUCCUUCCUUUUUUUUUAGAGAUAUCCUGCUGAGAGCAGGUGCAACACUGUUGGAUUGAAAUACAGUCGGCUAGUGAUGAGAAUGUA